UCGUAGGCCUGGAGUGAGGGUCGGGGCCAGGCAGCCCCGGCUGCGACUCCCGCGCCCCGCGCACUCCCUCUGGGGACGGCAGCCUGCUGGGCCGCUCCGGGGCGGCCGCCCGCGCAGUGACAGGGGCUGGUCCUCCCUGCCCGUGGUUCCCCGCCACGUCCCCGGGUCUGGGCCGAAAUCCUACUGCCUGGCGAGUGACCUUUCCGAGUCCUGCGCUAUGACGGCUGGCUGCCCCCGCCGGGCGCCGCUCCGGCUCCUGCCAUUCCCGCGGCGGCGGCUCCUGCUGCUGCUGCUGCUGCUGGUCGCCGGGCCGGCACGCGGCUGGGAGAGUGGAGACCUGGAGUUGUUCGAUCUGGUGGAGGAGGUGCAGCUCAACUUCUACCAGUUCCUCGGGGUGCAGCAGGAUGCUUCAUCUGCAGACAUCAGAAAGGCAUAUCGUAAGCUUUCACUAACUUUACAUCCAGACAAGAAUAAAGAUGAAAAUGCAGAAACUCAGUUUAGACAAUUGGUGGCCAUUUAUGAAGUUUUAAAGGAUGAUGAACGAAGACAGAGGUAUGAUGAUAUUCUGGUCAAUGGGCUUCCAGAUUGGCGACAGCCUGUAUUCUACUAUAGGCGCGUGAGGAGAAUGAGCAAUGCGGAGCUGGCGUUGCUCUUGUUCAUUAUUCUCACAGUGGGUCACUAUGCUGUGGUUUGGUCAAUUUACCUGGAAAAACAAUUGGAUAAACUGCUCAGUAGAAAAAGGAGGGAAAAGAAAAAAAAGACUGGCAGCAAGAGUGUUGAUGUGUCAAAACCUGAUGCAUCUGAAAAAAAUGAAAGAUUGCUAACGAAACCACAGUGGCAGGAUUUGCUUCCAUGUAAACUGGGGAUUUGGUUUUGCCUCACACUAAAAGCAUUGCCUCAUCUAAUCCAGGAUGCUGGCCAAAUUUAUGCAAAAUAUAAGGAAACAAGAAUGAAAGAAAAGGAAGACGCAAUGAUGAGAGCUGAACUUGAAACACUUCAAAAACAGAAGAAAGUUAAAGUCAAAAAACCAAAACCUGAAUUUCCUGUGUAUACACCUUUAGAAAGUACAUAUAUUCAGUCCUAUGACCAUGGAACUUCUAUAGAAGAAAUUGAGGAACAAAUGGAUGAUUGGCUGGAAAACAGGAGCAGAACACAGAAAAAACAGGCACCUGAAUGGACAGAAGAGGACCUUAGCCAGCUGACAAGAAGUAUGGUUAAGUUCCCAGGAGGGACUCCAGGUCGAUGGGACAAGAUUGCCCACGAACUGGGUCGAUCUGUGACAGAUGUGACAACCAAAGCCAAGCAGCUGAAGGACUCAGUUACCACCUCCCCAGGAAUGGUUCGACUGUCUGAGCUGAAAUCCACAGUUCAGAAUUCCAGGCCCGUCAAGACAGCUGCAGCCUUGCCAGAUGACAUCAUCACCCAGCGAGAAGCUGCUCAGGGCACCCAGGAGGAGGACCUGGGGGAGCAGGAGGCAGAGGUGGGAGAAGCCCAGCUGCGGAGGCGGAAGCCAGCCAGACCCCGUGACCAGGCUGCGAAGGCGGAGCCUGAGGAGAAGUUCCGAGGGAAGAGGCAGAAGGAUUUUGAUUUGUCCGAGCAGAAUGAAUCCAGUGAUGAGGAGAGCCAGAAACAAGACAGAAAUGGUGCCGCUGAGGAGCCAUGGACUCAGAACCAGCAGAAGCUUCUGGAGCUGGCGUUGCAGCAGUACCCCAAGGGCUGCUCUGAGCGCUGGGACAAAAUUGCCAAGUGCGUCCCGUCUAAGAGUAAGGAAGACUGUAUCGCUAGGUACAAGUUGCUGGUUGAACUGAUCCAAAAGAAAAAACAAGCUAAAAGCUGAACAUUCUGAAAGAUGGUGUUCAUCUUCAUUUUCCAAAUGAGUAUUUUUUAAAUCUUACGCAGAAAUUUGCAUUUUGUACCUCAGUAUUUCUAUACAUCAUGUGCCUUAGUAAAA